CUUCUUCUUCUUCCUUCUCUUCACUCUCAUUUCUUCUUCUUUUUUACAGUGGUCGUCCUUCUUCUUCAUCAGAAACAUUUAACCUAAUCGAGGAAGAAUCCAACUUCACAUCCCGUGUUUCCUCCGUAUCAACUUUUUGUUCCUUCUUUCGUACAUCAGUCACAUUCACACCCAUUCUUUCCUUAUCUCCUUUCCCAUCUCUUCAUAAAUCGAACCCAGUUUCAGAUUUAACAUCAUCUUCAUCUUCCUUAACAAUCCGAUGAAUUCCAAAAGAAGGUUUUUUAUAGCCGUCAUUGUUUCAUCCACCGCGAUUUGUGUCAUCUUAUUCUCGCUCUUAUGUUUCUGGAUUUAUCAGAGAAGGAAGUUGUUCAAAGUUCAUCAGAAAUGGUCUACUGGCUCAAUUGAAUCGUAUUCAUUGAAAAAGUCGAGUUCUGAAAAGAACCCAGUAACUUUAAUGGCGUACGAUCAACUCGAAUUAGGAACGAAGAACUUUGAAGAAGAUAGUAUUUUGGGAAUCGGUGGUUUUGGACAUGUUUAUAAAGCUGAUUUACCUAACAAUUUACAAGCUGCUGUGAAGAAACUAAACGGUACUACUCAAGACGCCAUUAGAGAAUUCGAGACUGAAGUGACCUUGUUGAGUAAAGCGCAGCAUCCAAAUAUAAUUUCUUUAUUAGGUUACAGCAUCCAUGGCGAAACAAGGCUUCUGGUUUAUGAAUUGAUGCAAAACAGGUCAUUGGAAGUUCAUUUACAUGGUUCUUCACAUGGAUCUUCCUUAUCAUGGCAUCGUCGAGUCAAGAUUGCAUUUGAUACUGCAAGGGGACUUGAAUAUCUACAUAAUCAGUGUAAACCAUCUAUAAUUCAUAGAGAUCUGAAAUCAUCAAAUAUCCUUCUUGAUUCAAACUUCAAUGCCAAGAUUUCAGAUUUCGGUCUUGCAAUCACAGAUGGGACCCAAAAGAAGAAAAGCGUGAAGCUCUCGGGUACUGUGGGGUAUGUUGCGCCCGAGUAUCUUUUAGAUGGUAUUUUGACUGAUAAAAGUGAUGUGUAUGCUUUUGGAAUUGUACUUUUGGAGCUUCUACUUGGAAGAAAGCCAUUAGAGAAACUUGCUCCAGCUAAAUGCCAGUCAAUUGUUACAUGGGCUAUGCCUCAGCUGACUGAUAGAACGAUGCUCCCAACCAUCGUCGAUCCUGUGAUAAAAGAUACUAUGGAUUUAAAACACUUAUAUCAGGUUGCGGCUGUAGCUGUAUUGUGCGUGCAAUCGGAACCAAUUUAUCGUCCUUUGAUUAAGGAUGUUUUGCAUUCGCUCGUUCCUCUAGUUCCCUUUGAGCUUGGUGGUACUCUAAGAGAAUAAUUCCUAACCGUUAUCGACGGAUUUUAUGCGUUUAAUUACAUCCAGUAAUUCUUUUUUGUCAUGCACAGAUUUGGUUAUUCCUUUAUAUGUUAUGUAUAUCUGCAAUUUUUUUCCUUUCUUUUAGCAGCAGGAAUAAUAAUCUCAUGUAAAUUCAAAUCCAUUGGCAGGUCAGUUAUUUUUAAUCUAAUUAUGAUCAUUUCAAUCCAA